AUACAGUGCUUUACUGUAUUAUAAUCAGUGUUGCUUCAGCUUUUGUAGGAGCAACUGUGUUUUGUGUUGGCCUCUUGCUAAUAUAAUAAAUUUAUUGUCAAGGUAUUCUUGAUACACUUUAUAAAAAGUCUCGCAUAACUUCUUAUAUUUUUACAAUUCGAAUAAAGAAGAACAAAAUGAAGACUUUCGUGCUUGUUACAUGUCUAAUAAUGACGGUCGUUUUCGCAGUUGAUUUUGAAAAAGUUCGACAAAUUGGUCCUGACUUAGAAAAAUGUGCAGAAACAUUACCAAAGUGUGGAAAUGAACCGAAGGAUGUCUUUAUAAGACCUGAUGUGUGGUACUGUGUAUUAACACAAUAUGGAAUAAUUGAUAAAAAGGGUGUAAUGAUGCAUGAUAAAGCUAUUGCACUUUGUGACGUUCUAGUCUCUGAUCCUAAUCAGGUGGCUUAUUGCAACACAGAAGCUUCUAAAUGCAUAGAAAAAGCAAAUCAAGGUUCAGGAUCCGACAGCGAGAAAAGCCGAGCUAAAUUAGAAUGUGCGAUAAAAAGUGGUCUUCCAAACCUUAUUCCUGAGCUAACAUAGAAAAAAGCACAUAAAGAAAGAUUUGUCAAAAGUGGUGUUAAAAUCGGUGCAAUUACUUGAUCACUGUUUUAUGAUAAUUUUAAAUAUAAAAUAUUUCGGUUUUGGUACAGCUCUAUAUUACGUUUGUAAUUAACAUUAAAAAUCAAUAUGUUAUGCUAACAAUAAAAUACAAUACAUAAUA